AUGUCGACUUCUGGGAUCGCGGAGGCUGAGAGCACUGAAAUUGCCCCCCCACCCACCGAGCCCAUCGCAGACCCCUUUGUGUUCAAUGGCGAGACCAUGCCCGGCAUGCGCGAUCAGGUCGUGACCGAAACCGUGGAGACCAGGGUUUGGACCGAGGAAGUGGGUGCAGCCGAUGGAAGCCCUCCCCGGAGCCCCGAUCGUGACCCGACCUACCGGAAUGACCCUGCCACCCCUCCAUACUCGGCCGCCUCACCCGGCUCGCCUCCUCCCGAGUCCCAGCAGCUCAGCGACGCGGGUGCCAUCAUCCAGGGCACUCUGCACUCCGAGCUGGAGCGGGUGCAGCUGGCGCGGGAGGUGGACGUGCGGGCCGCCUUUGCCGGCCUGCCCCGCGUCCACUCCCACUGGACGCACCGCUACAUGAAGAUCCUAGUGGUGGGCGAGGCGGGCGUUGGCAAGACCACCUUCAUCAAGAACCUGUUUGCCGCGUACGCCAGCGACCCCAAGUUCCCCGUCGCCGACACGCCUGCCAGGGGCGCGCGCAAGGCGAGUUUGCAGUCGGCGUUCCGGGACAACCCGGAGUCGCUGUGCACCGAGGUGGUACUGCAGGAUGUGGAGCGCCGCGUGUGCUACCACUACCGCGUGCAGGACACGCCCGCCUUUGGCGACGGCAAGGACCUGGAUUCAGACCAGGCCGCGGUGCUGGACCACAUCCGUGCCUGCAACCAGGCCUUCCUGGACGCGGAGCAGGACCCCGGGCGCCGCUCGCCGCUGGCCUCCCACCCCGACCCCCGCGUCGACGCCUGCCUCUACUUCUUCCCGCCCCACACCUGCCGCGCCAACGACCUGGAGUUUGCGCGCCUGCUGGCCGCCGCCGUGCCCCUGAUCCCCUGGACCUUCUCGCCCCGCGCGCUGGCCGAGGCGGGCGCGCACGACGGCCCGCCCUUUGCCGUGGUGGGCAGCCGCGACAUGGACCUGGCGGUGGGCCGCUUCUGGCCGGUGCGGCGCUACCCCUGGGGUCGCGUGGAGGCCCUGCUCACGCGUCACAGCGACCUCCCCGCCCUGCGCCGCCUCCUCUUUGAGGCCGCCUUUGAGGACCUCAAGGAGAACACCGAUGCGCGCUACCUCGACUUCCGCAGGGACCAGGCCGCGCCGGGCAUCGUCGCCGUGGUCACGACGCCGGUCCGCGGCCUGGUCAAGCUCGCCGAGUGGGGCUUUGCGGUGGCGGCCGUGCUCUGGCUGUCCCAGCAGGCGGGUCCACUGCUCACCGACCCCAAGUACCGCCAGCGCAAGCUGGAGGACGUGCGCGAGAAGGUGGACACCCUGGCGACCAACGUGCGCGAGACGGCCGACGAGGUGCGCGCCAAGUCCGCCAACGCGGUGGGGACCGCCAAGGAAGCCGCACAGAACUUGACGUCCACGACGCGGGACGCGGCGCACCGUGCCAACCGGGUGCUGGAGAAGAAUGUGACCUCCAGGGAGAGGCGUAUGGAGCAGGAGCGGCGCCUGCGAUACGAGAGCAGGCCCUUCUGGCGCUUCUGGGGAGAGUAG